AGAGGACAGAAAUCUGCGUUACACGGCCUUUUCAUUUCGCUAGUUGCGCACUAAGCCCUCCUCUUUGUGUGUGUGUGUGUGUGUGAAAUUCUAUAGGAACGGAAGCACAGAAGGGCACACGCAGAGACAUGCGCGCCACAACGAGCUUCUACUGUGCCAACCUGCGCACGUUGGGGCUGGACGGCACCCGUCCGCACACCGCCGCGGAAAUCAAGGCUGCCUUCGUCGAGAAGGCAAAAUCGACCCACCCGGAUGCCGGCGGCGACCCCGCCCGCUUCCGUCAGCUGAAGGACGCCUACGAUGCGCUGCGCGGUCGCGGUGGUGGUGCCGGCGGCGCCGCCGGUCCGCAGCCGCCCUACCACGAUCCGUACCACGACACCGCGGCCGCGGCUCGUAGGCCGCAGACCGGUCGCCCGCACAUCUACGCGGAGCGCUACAACGACGGGGAUGCGACGACGUCGUCGGACAAGGGCACGUGGGACUACGGCGCCGGCACUCGGUAUGCCAACAACUCCACGCGGAGCUUCUACCGCCCUUACUCGUCCAACUACUACGAUCCCAGCGCUACCGGAUUCACACGUGCAGAGGUGGCGCGCGCCGAGCUGGCGAUGCGACUCCACGUGCUGAGGCGCUUCGUGUGGAACUGCCUCAUCUACGGCAGUGCGCUGUAUCUCCUGUACGAGUACGCACCGCGUCGAGAGAGAGCGCCGUCAACGGCGUAUGAGGUGGACCUCGACGAGCAGGAAAAGGCGCGGCGGGAACGCGCGCUACGGCAAAUGCAGCCGCACCUGCAAGCCCACUGGAGCGACACCGCGAAGGCCCGUUAUUUAGAAGAGUGGAACAACCGUUUUCGUGAUCGUGAGGCCGCGUUGUCAAAUAAUCCCAGCGUGGUUUACAACGAGGUGGCCGCCGGCCCUCCAGGGAGUGCCGUCUCUGACCCGGUCGCUACAACGCACUUUGCUGGUCAACAAAACACUCUUUCGCCGCUCUCGUCGCCGAAGACCUACUGCGAUAUGGCCGAUGAGGACAUCGAAGCCAACUAG